ACACAAAUGUAUAUCGCGGAAGGACCUGUUUGUGUGCACGUCCUUAUGGCCGUAUACGUUAACGAUAAGGACGCCUACCGGAUUGUAACAUAGCAGUAGGAGUUUAUUUUUAAAAUUUUGAUCAGUAGCAGUGAUCGGACUUCAGUACAUUGCCAGUGAUUGAAUUUGUGAGUCUUUUGAAGCUGCAGAACAGAGUUAACAGCAUUUACCGGUACUAUUGGUAGUGCCUCUACUCCAAAACUUGGGAUUGAGAAGUUACUUGACCUAUUGGAAAAAUGUCUACAGGGAAACGUUUAGCGAAGAGGUCCAUCCUAGGGACCAGAGUUGCUUGCUGUCUUGACGACGGAAAGUAUUACGGAGGCGUUAUAUGUGCUGUGAAAAAUGCAGAAGAAGGUGGCCCUCCUGUGUACUCAGUUCGAGUAGAGGGUGAGAGACGGACAAGGGAAGUACGUGAGGGUGACCUCGUUGGCAGUGGAUUCACUGGAGUGGGUUCGGUCAAAUUAAGGUCAGGUCAGAAAGUCUACAUAACGCACAACAAUCGUGAAGUCAGUGGCACUGUCCUUUAUCAUAGGCCCAACAUCGAUGAGGUCCUUAUCUCUGUCAUCAGCCCCGAGGCAUCAUCAGCGAGAGCAUGUCUCCCGGGUCGUCCGUGUCGUCAGGGGUGUGGUCUUGGGUCGACGGGUCGUCCUCGUCCUCCUCUUCGUCAUCGCGGUCUCCCGCCCACCGCUCCGCUACGCCCUCGCCGCCCCUGUCCGAGUCGUCACCCCCGACCACAGACGACGGCCUCGACCUCGACGACUCCCUCUUCGACGAUGCUGUUCCCCUCGAGGAAGCGUAA